AUGAUGGGCCAAACCAUGAGCGUUGCACCACCAGCCAUGCACGAUGACAAUGGGCUGCUUCCAGUGCUCGACUGGCACAGCCUCGACAGCCACAGCCCGCUCUACCCGUACUUUGCCCACGUCUACUUUGGCGGAGCCGACCUCUUUUUGAGCAAGACCGACGUCACGGCGUUUGUCGGCGCCUUCUCGGACCAAGUGGCCUACGAAGACAAAGAGAUGGACGCGUUCGAUGUUGACGCAGGGUUCGAAGCGCUUGCGAGCGAGAGCGGCCGGCCAGGCUACGUGCGCCUUUUAACACUCAUUGAAGAGCUCGGCCUCCUCGUCGGCGACUGA